GAGCAUUCAGUUCAAUUUUAUACGCCACAAAGAGAAGAACAUACAUUUAUUUGAAUCAGUCGUGAAACUAAAUUUGUGAUUUUCCAAUUGGAAGAAACGGAUAAUUUAUUUUCUUUUUUAUUAUUAAAAAUUUGUGAAUAUACAUCAAACAUUAAAUUAAAAAUAUAAUAUAUAAACACUCAAAAUGAGGUUAUGCAUAGUAUUGGCUGUAGUGGCCUUUGUUGGCCUUUCUCUUGGAGAAGAGAAGAAAGAAAAGGAUAAGGAACUCGGAACAGUGAUCGGUAUCGAUUUAGGAACCACAUACUCAUGUGUUGGAGUCUAUAAGAACGGUCGAGUUGAAAUUAUUGCCAACGAUCAGGGUAAUCGUAUUACACCAUCGUAUGUUGCAUUCACUGCCGACGGAGAACGUCUCAUUGGUGAUGCUGCCAAGAAUCAAUUGACCACAAAUCCCGAGAAUACAGUGUUCGAUGCUAAGCGUUUGAUCGGACGUGAAUGGUCGGAUUCUAACGUUCAACAUGACAUCAAAUUCUUCCCAUUCAAGGUUGUUGAAAAGAACUCAAAGCCACAUAUUAGUGUAGCCACCUCGCAGGGUAACAAGGUAUUUGCCCCCGAAGAAAUCUCAGCUAUGGUUUUGGGUAAAAUGAAGGAAACUGCUGAAGCUUAUCUCGGCAAAAAGGUAACACACGCUGUGGUCACUGUACCAGCCUAUUUCAAUGAUGCACAACGUCAAGCCACCAAAGAUGCUGGCGUUAUUGCUGGUUUGAAUGUUAUGCGUAUCAUUAACGAACCAACUGCCGCUGCUAUUGCAUACGGUUUGGACAAGAAGGAAGGUGAAAAGAAUGUGUUGGUAUUCGAUUUGGGCGGUGGUACCUUUGAUGUAUCCCUUUUGACUAUUGAUAAUGGUGUAUUUGAAGUCGUUGCUACCAACGGUGAUACCCAUUUGGGUGGUGAAGAUUUUGAUCAGCGUGUAAUGGAUCACUUUAUUAAGCUGUACAAGAAGAAACGUGGAAAGGAUAUCCGCAAAGACAACCGUGCCGUACAAAAAUUGCGUCGUGAAGUCGAGAAGGCAAAGCGUGCUUUAUCAUCCAGUCAUCAAGUCAGAAUUGAAAUUGAAUCGUUCUUUGAAGGUGAGGAUUUCUCUGAGACCUUGACCCGUGCCAAGUUCGAAGAAUUGAACAUGGAUCUGUUCCGAUCAACAUUGAAGCCAGUCCAAAAAGUCUUAGAAGAUGCUGACAUGAACAAGAAGGAUGUCCAUGAAAUCGUUUUGGUCGGUGGAUCCACCCGUAUUCCCAAGGUACAACAAUUAGUGAAGGACUUCUUUGGAGGAAAGGAACCAUCACGAGGAAUCAAUCCCGAUGAAGCUGUUGCUUAUGGUGCUGCUGUUCAAGCUGGUGUAUUAUCCGGUGAACAAGAUACUGAUGCCAUUGUAUUACUUGAUGUAAAUCCUUUGACUAUGGGAAUUGAAACAGUUGGAGGAGUUAUGACCAAACUGAUCCCACGUAACACUGUCAUUCCAACAAAGAAAUCACAGAUUUUCUCAACUGCCUCUGACAACCAACACACUGUUACCAUUCAAGUGUACGAAGGUGAACGGCCAAUGACAAAGGACAACCAUUUACUUGGUAAAUUCGAUCUCACAGGCAUUCCACCAGCACCACGAGGUAUUCCACAAAUUGAAGUUUCUUUCGAAAUUGAUGCCAACGGUAUUCUGCAAGUAAGUGCUGAGGACAAGGGUACAGGAAACAAGGAAAAAAUUGUGAUCACCAAUGAUCAAAACCGACUGACACCAGAUGACAUUGAUCGCAUGAUCAAGGAUGCAGAGAAAUUCGCCGACGAAGACAAGAAACUCAAAGAACGUGUUGAAGCCAAGAACGAACUCGAAUCAUACGCCUACAGCUUAAAGAAUCAAAUCGGCGACAAGGAAAAACUCGGUGCCAAAUUGAGCGAUGAUGAAAAGACCAAAAUGGAAGAAGCAAUCGACGAAAAAAUCAAAUGGAUGGAACAAAACGCCGAUGCCGAUCCAGAAGAAUACAAGAAACAGAAGAAAGAACUGGAAAGCAUAGUGCAACCCAUCAUUGCCAAACUGUACCAAGGACAAGGAGGAGUGCCACCAACAGAAGAAGGUGACGACUUAAAGGAUGAGCUGUAAGAGACGAGUGUUCCGAUCAUUGAGAUAAAGGAGAGAUAAGAUUGAAGGGGAGAAAAUAAUGGAGAGGGCGUCUAAGAAACCAUGAACCCCAAGCUCUCCAAUUAAAGCGCUCACACAAAAGAAAAUUCUCCACUAAGUUAAGGCAUUUCAAAACACAAACUAAGAUCAUAUGUUUUUUUGUAAUUUAAUUUAAAUUAAUUUAUUGAUUUACUUCUAAGAGUUUUCUUCAUUUUUUAAAUGUUUUUGUUUAAUGAUAAAAAAAAAAAUUAUAAAUCAAGUCAAAAUUUUCGACUGACUUAAAAUGAAGAAUUUAGAGUUGUUUCAAUAGACAAAGAAAAGAAAAUCGCGAAAUAAAAGAAUAGCCCUUUCGAUUUUUACGAAGGGGCAAUACAUAUUAGAAAAAAAAAUAAUUUUUUGUUUUUCUUUUAUCAAAAUACUUUGUACUUUCCUCUAUUUUUCGUUUGCUAUUGCCCACCGGCGGUUUAUUUGAGUCGACUGAAUUUUAUGUUUAAAGGAAAUAAAAUUAAAUGGUAUACGUUACGGAUCUCCACUUUAUUUUUAUUCGAAACAAAAAAGUGUAGAAAAUGUAUGAUAGUUUCCUUUUUGUAAGAAAAAUAAACUUAAUUAAAAAAUAUUGAAA